CUAAGUUUCAAUAGGUUAUAACUAUGGCUCUCUCGCAGGUCCCUGAACCUCCAGCAGCCAGUUAUAGAAAUUUCCCCCUUUAAAUCUGGAGCGGAGCCUAGACCUCGGAGAAGGUUAAGGGGACUAAGAGAGGACUCCCCCGCGAGUUCUUCUGACGGUCCCCAAGUCUGUCCCUACGAUGAGGAAAUUUUUCAGCUUCCGCAGCAGGAAAGGAUACUCUCGCACCUCCGCCAUCCCGCGGAGAGACUGCGGGGUCUCAGAGUCCGACACCAACGCAGGAUACCUUAUCCGGGACAAGGAUCUCAGAAAGCUCCACAAAGCUGCCUCGGUCGGCGAUGUGGCAAAGGUCCAGCAGUUGCUACUGGUUGGGAAGCACGAUGUGAACGGUUUGGAUAAAAUGAAGCGGACCCCUCUCCACCUGGCCUGUGCUAAAGGAUAUCCAGAUGUUGUGUCUGCCUUGUUAGAGGGAAACUGCAAACUAGACUUGUAUGACAAUGAAAAUCGAACACCUUUAAUUAAGGCAGUACAGUGUCAGCAAGAGGAGUGUACAACAAUCCUGCUUGAACAUGGUGCGGAUGUUAAUCGUGGGGAGUUAAACAACAACACUGCACUUCACUAUGCUGCUUCUGGUCAGAACAAAGCCAUAGCAGCACAGCUGCUUAAACAUAAAGGUGAUAUUGAAGCAAAAAACAAGAAUGGUUAUACACCGCUUUUGCUUGCAAUUACAGAAGAUAAUCAUGAUAUGGUAGAUUUUUUCUUAAAGAAUGGAGCAAGUGUGAAUACCUCGGAUACAGCUAAAAGAACAGCAGUCAUGAUUGCUGUCAGUCAAAAACCAAGUGGCAUAGUCAGUCUUCUUCUUCGAUAUGAUGUUGAUCUCUCUUGUCAAGAUACAAGUGGAUGGACAGCUGAGCAGUAUGCUAAUGUUAGUGGUUAUCCUAUUCAUCGCCAACUAAUUAAUCAAUAUGCAAUACAGAAGGAAUAUAAUCAGCACCUUUCAUCCCAAAUCAGUUGUUCACCGAGGGCUACUGGUACUAGAUUUACUUUGGGUGGACUUGCCCUGGACAAAGAAGAUAAAAAAAUGGAGAAAUCUCCAGUGCAGAAAUCGGGAGGAAAAAUUUCAGGGAAAGAGGAGAGAAGUUUUGCUGAGGAAUCUCUAAGCAGACUCUCUGACAAACCAGGGAUUGGUGAUUUCUGGCCAGCCAAAAAUAAGCAAGAAUUAGAUUUUACUAAGAAGGAAGAAAUAAUAAUAGACUUGAAGAAGGAAGAAAAGGAAGAUAGUGUAUUAGUCAAAAAAGAAACUAGAAAACAAACACCUCAUGAAACACCAAGUAUUCCCAAAGAACACAGUAUAUCAGCAAGAAGUAUUGCUAGAAAAGAUAAAUGGCAAAAAUUGGCAAAUGAUGCACUAUUACCUUGGAAUUUAAAGUGUACCUCUGAAAGUGUCCCCAAAGGAUCUGCCAGUUACAUAUUUGCAGCUACAAAUCAAACAAUAAAAGGUAGUAUUUCAAUGGGACAACUUAAAGAUCAUUCUCAGAGAAAACCUAUUUGGAAGGCCAUUCAACCCACUUUUCUCAUGAAAGAUUCUUUGACAAAUCAAAAAAUUGAAAUUGGAGCUAAGAAAAAACAAACGUUUCAUUUCAUGGAAGAAUUCGGUUUAGAUGAUAUUGAUGACAUUGAUGGUAUUUUUCUUUUUCUUUUCAUUACAAAUGAUUCCGAUUGGGAUUCUGCCAGCAUUUCUCAGAAAAAUGACACUUCCACAGAUUUGAAUUUUAAUUAUGCUUGCAAAUCAGUGGCACUGACCAAAAAUCAUUCAGGAUCCACUGAAUUUGGAAAAAUUACAUUUAAAAAAGAUGAAACAGUUGAAGCAGCUGCUGAAGCUGGAAGUAGGCCUGAGAUUGGCUUUAAGGUUUUAACUCUGGUAGAAAAACUAGGCCCCCAGAAGCAGAAGUUAGAAAGUGAACAAUUUCUAGAAAAAGAGGAUGGUAAAAAAGCAGACAAGAAUCUAACAGAUGUCUUAACAGAUUUAACACAAGAAUUGGAAUUUAAAAACUCAUCAGUGAAAGGCCAAGAAAGUUUUGUUAAAAGUGACCAAAAACAGGAUAAAGUUAUUUUAGAAGAAACCAACAUACCAGAACAAACAGCAUCUAAGAAACAAGUUAAGCCAAUGAGUUUUCCAGUUUUGCAUCUGAAAAGAAAAUCCCAAGGACCAGAACCCAAUAAGGGAUGUAAUGUCGAUGACAUGCAUUUAGAUGAAGAUCCAGAUUGGGAAGAAAAAUAUGAAAAAAUGUGGGUGGAAGAAGAGAAAAUGGAAGUCAAAAAGAAUUUUAAAAUCAUUACAACUGAGUUAAAGCAGAUGUUUGGUGAAAUUUGUGAAAAAGUUACAAUUGCUGAUCAGCCAACAGAGAAACUACAAGAAGUGGUACUACAAGAUGUCUCUGAAGAGGAAUUAAAGCAAUUACAGGAAGUAUCGCUUACUUUGGCAAAUGAUUCUGAGGAAAAGGAGAAAUAUGGAGGCCCUCUCAAUGUAGGAGUUCAGUCAUUUCCUGGACAAAUGGAAUAUGGCCUAAAAAAUGCUGCUUUACAGGAUUUAAAGCCCACUUUCAUGGGAAAUGUUCUUCAGUCAUCUUGUAAUCUAUAUUCAGAAAGUAGCAACUUACAUCCUAACAAUGAUAAUAAGCCAGAAACUGAAUGUAUCUAUAAUAUAAAUGACGAAGUUGCUCAUGAUGCAGAAAAUACAAAAAAAGCUGACUCAAAAAUAACUGUAUAUGAAAUAAAGGAAGAUAGAGCAUUUGGCAUGCAAAUGGAAGAAAAUCUCAACAGAAAUGACACAAACUUGGAAUCAGGUUCAGGAUGUUUAAUACAAUCAAGGGGUCUAGGAAGCCAUUCUGAUGUCCAGCUUACUAGCUUUGAUGAUAGGAAAUCAAUCCAAGAAAAAAAGCCUACACUUAUUACUGCAACAAAAUUUAAUGAGAAAACAAAACUAAAUGAAACUUUAUUCCAGAAUAGUGAUGAUCACAAGACUAGUAAUAUUACAACUGAAUUAAGACGUUGGAGACACUCCUUUCCAUUUAGUGACAAAUUAUCAAAAAUUCACCUGGAAAAGGAAUUAAAUAAAGAUUUGCAAAGAUUUAAAAGUGAGUUAGGAAUGUUGCAAGUAGAGCUCCAGACUUUAGAGAGAGAAAAAGCACAACUACAAAAAGAGGACAAAGUACAGAUGGAUACAGAUGAUCUUGAUGAUCUCACUCAGUCAUCUGACACAGUUACAGAGGAUUAUGAUUUGUCUCCUUCAAAUUAUAAGAAUGUUAUGUUAUUAAUCGAACAUCUUAAUGUUGAUUGCAAAGAUUCUGUUCACCUUCUGAAAAUUCAGGAUGCAGUUCUUACAUAUGAACGAUCAAUAGAACUUAAAAAAGCUCAAUGUUCAGAACUUGAAAGAAAAGUUAAGACUUUAGAAAAAAAGAUUAUUGGACUGCAGGAAAAAUUAUCAGAAACAAGAAAAAUGAAAUCCCAGUUUGAGCAUCAAAAAGUAGAAUGGGAUAGAGAACUCUAUAGAGUCCGGUUUACACUAAAACAAGAGAAAGAAAAGCAAUCAAGUAUAGAAAUGCUAUUUGAAAAAACUAAGGAGCAAUUAAGAAGAACAGAACAACAAUAUAAUAAAGAAGUACAUCUAAAACAGCAACUGGAAUUCAAGCUUAGAACUUUGGAUCGAGAACUGACAAGCGUAAGAAAUAAUUUUAGACAGGUUGAGGAAGAGCGAAAUGAUGUUCAAAGACAACUUUCUCAGGAGCAGAGUGCCAGAGCUUUGCAAUAUGAGAUUUUGAAUAAUCAUCUUUGGAAACAGAAAGAAAUAGAAGCAGCUACUUCCAAAAUGAUUCAGAGUUCUGAGGUUCCUGAUAGCCAUGAAAAAGAAAAACAUCUAUUGCUUGAAAAUCAAGCCCUACAGGAUGAAGUUGUGAGGCUCAAACUUGAACUGGAAACAUUAAAAAUUAAGAAUCUGGAAAAAGAAAAUCGAUAUGUUGAAGAAAAUGAAAUUUUUAAAAAAAACAAUGAUGAGCUUCGAAAGGAAUUAAAACUGAAAGAAGCCUCAUUAAGAGAAACAAUAUUGCAGUACAAUGGACAAGUAAAUGUUCUGACUACUGAGAAUGCAAUGUUGAACUCUGGGUUGGAGGAUGAAAAACAAAAUAGAGACAAACUAGAGAGAGAAAUUGAAUCAUACCAAAUGCGUCUAAGUUCUGCUAUUCUUGACAAUGAACGAAGUCAAACAUCGAAACUAGACCUUGAACAUAACUUCCAGCGAGAACGCGAUGAAUGGCUUCAUGUACAGGCCAAAUUAAAUGAUAACUGUGGUGUCCUUUCUCAGGAACUUUCUAAAGCAGAAAGUAAAGUUAAUAGAUUAGAAAAUGAGUCAUGUCAACUACGUGAUUCCCUCAGAGAAAAGAUAGCAAUUUUAGAAAGUGUACAGAGAGAAUUAAAACAAGCCCAAUAUAAAACAACAGAACUUAGGCAUAGAAAUCAAAUGGAUAGUGAAAAGCUGGAGAGAUGUAUUGUCCAACAAGAAUCCAUUCAAGAAAGAUUAGUUGAAAUCCAGAGUGAAAAUAUGUUGCUUCGAAAACAGCUUGAAGAUGCUCAAAACAAAGAUGUGAUUGAAGAAGAUGUGUUAAAGACUGUCCAGGUACAAUUUAGGGAUUUCUUCAAUCAACUUCAUGCUGACAAUGAAAAACAUGUUGUUGUGGUAGAAGAAAGAAAUCAAGAGUUAAUCAAUGAAUGUAACCACUUAAGAGAACAAAUGUGCAAAUAUGAAAAUGAGAAAGCAGAAAGGGAGGAUACCAUAAAGCAGCUUCAACAAGAACUAGCCGAUUCCUUAAAAAAACAACCCAUGACUGAAGCUUCACUUGAGGCUACAUCACAUUUUCAAAAUAAUUUGGAAGAUAAGAGAAAACUACAGAAAGAAGUAAACCAUAUCAAAAGUAAACUGCAAGAAUCUCGGGAACAGCAGAAACAGUCACAGAAAUUUAUUAAGGAGUUAGAAGAACAUAAAGAAAAGCUUGAAAUUGAAAAUGCCAGGUUAGAAGCUACAAUAAAACACCAAGUGGACAAAAUUGAGCACAUGCAAACUAAUGUUCUGGAUGCUACUUUAAUAAGUAAGGUUGAAGAACUUAAACAGCAUUUGGAAGCAACAGCUUUAAAAUGUAAACAAUUGGAAUCAAUAAAUAAAAAUCUUCAAGAAAAGUUACUUUAUUUGAAAUAUCUGCAAAAGAAAUAUGACCUGCUGGAAAGAAAUAAUAAAGAAUUGGAAGAACUCAUAUUUUAUCUUAAGCAUCAAUUAGAAAUUACUAAAUUAGAACACAGUCAAGUAGAGCAAUUUAAACAGGAGAUUAAAGAAGAAGCAAAACAAGAGAUUAUAGAAAAACUAAGAGAAGUCAACUUAUUCUUACAGGCACAAGCAGCAUCACAAGAGAACUUAGAACAUAACAAUAUGUCAAUAAGAAACCAAAUGGAGUGUCGUAUUCAAGAACUGGAGGCUGAAAUCUCCAAAAUGAAAAAUUCACACCAAACCUAUAAGGCAGCACUAGAAAGUUAUAACAAGCCUUACUGUGAAGAAGUAAAAAUCAAAGAAGCAUUGUCAAAGAAAUUAGACAGAAAUAAUGAGAGACUGGCUGAGUUGAGUUCCAGACCACAAAAACAAAAGAGUAAAACUUUAACCAGCAGUUUUACUGGAUGUCCAAUUCAGGAGAUGCCUCUUAUUGAGAAUCUUCAUUCUCCUAGUGUCCUCAAUAGAAGUUUUAUUCCAAGAGGAGAUUUAGGAUAUCCCAUGGGAAACCCAGUGUCUUCUCCAACAAGUAUGGCCUACUUGACAAAGAUGAGACGGGAGUUGGAAAAAAAUAUAACUAGGGAACUUCAUGCAGAUAAUGCUGAGCUUGAAUCUGGACCAUGCUGGGCUUCUCCCAUAGUACCUACUUAUCAGCCCACAGCAACACCAAAUCUGAAUCAGGAUCCAGUUUCCAGAGCAAAACAAGAAUACUUAGAGAUUUUAAAUAAAAAAUAUAUGCUUUAAAUAAAGAAAGAAAUAAAGUAUAAUUAUGAAAUGAGGCGUGAGAAAUAAUUUAUUUGGACCUUUAUUGUAUUUCAAUUAAUAUUAAUCAAUUUGACAGCAUUAUAUCAAAAUUCUAUAUAUAAGGCCCCAGAGCUGUAGCCUGCAGAUUCUAAAUUCAUUUGCUUAAUCAUAGAAAGUAAACUAGAGGCCCUCCAACAUUGUUUUUCCUUGUCAUGAUGACCAAGCCAAGUGUGAUAGACAUGAGCACUACAUGGAAAAUCCCCAAAAUAUUCCCAUACCUCCAGACCAAUCACCUGACCCUCUUAUGACCAUUUAGGUGACCGAACUUAUGAGAGCUUGUUCCAUU